AUGUCCGACCUCACACUCGUCGUGCGCCCUCGUGGCCGUCCGAUCAAGAACCUCCCCGAGACCAUCACCGUCUCUGCGGAUGCCUCGACCGCCCAAAUCUUCGAAGAAAUCGCAAAGGCCUCCAGGUUCUCAAUCCACCGAUUGAGGGUCACCAAGGGCAGCGACGGAUCGCCAAUCAACAAUGUGCGAGACGUGAAGGUUCACGACACGGGCCUGCGGAACAAGAGUGCUGUGGAUGUCAAGGAUCUAGGUCCCCAGAUCUCAUGGCGCACCGUCUUCAUCGUCGAGUACCUCGGACCCCUCCUCAUUCACCCGCUCAUCUACUUCGGCCGCUCCCUCAUCUAUGGCACCUCAGCCCCUCCGUCGCAGCUCCAGAAGCUCACCUUCCUCAUGUGCGUCGCUCACUUUGCUAAGCGCGAGUUCGAAACCCUCUUCGUCCACCGCUUCUCGUCGGCCACAAUGCCUAUAAUGAACAUCUACAAGAACUCUGGCUACUACUGGCUCCUCUCUGGUGUGAACCUGGCAUACUGGAGCUACGGUCCCAACAGCCCGGCUGCUAGACCUUCCAACCCGCUUCUCACAUACCUUGGUGUGGCCCUGUUUGCCAUUGGCGAGGUUUGCAACUACAGCACGCAUCUGACGCUCAAGAACUUGCGCCGCCCUGGCAGCACUGAGCGCGGUAUUCCCAAGGGACUGGGCUUCGAUCUAGUCACCUGCCCCAACUACAUGUUCGAGGCAAUGGCGUGGAUUGGCGUGGCGCUCGUCAACUGGAGCUUGAGCACCGUUCUCUUCAUCAUCGUGGCUGUGGGACAGAUGGGUGUUUGGGCAUGGAAGAAGGAGAAGAGGUAUCGCAAGGAGUUUGGAGAUAAAUACAAGAGGAAGAGGUACGCUAUUCUGCCUGGUAUCUGGUAG